AUGUGUAUGCCAGGGAAUCGCUCUCUGCAUGAAUACCGCCAGUAUCUGUCAAGUUGCGACUCAGCGACCAGCGACAGUCCGGACAUCAAAAAGCUACGGCGAAAGAACGCCGCAUUGAACUUGAACCAGUCCCAGAUGUCUCUGGACGACCACUACGAGUACCCUUUCUCGGUCUCGUCGGCGGCGUCAAGCCCGCCGCCAUUAUCCCCAUCGCAAUCACCCAGCGCUCUGAGCGAGCAGCCUGAGAGCCUGGAUGGCUUCCUCCGUAUGGGAUAUCACCGCCAUAUAUCUCCAGUAGACCAGUGCUUACUUGCGGAUUUAGCUCCGGGGACCCCCAGCUCUGUAGACGACCAUAUAUGCCUCCAGCAAAACCCCCAUAAGAUCCUGGUAAGCCGCCAUCUCAUCCGUGCCCUAAUGGACGGGCGGUACUUUGGCAGCCGAUCUGACUUUCACACGCACAUGCAGGACACGUUCCGGGAUCGUCUCGAGAAAUAUCCCGACCCAUAUCCCAAACCAAUUCCACGCAAUCCCCCAGCAUCUAUUCACAGUCACACAAAGCGGUACUCGGACUCAAUGCUCCUCAACAUAAAAAAGCCCACCACAACCAUCAUCCAUCAAGGUACAUCGUUCGAGAUCCUCAAUCCCCAUGAAUCACUCCACUUCGCUCGUAUCGUCUCGUACAUCGAAGACGUCGACAGCUUCUCCACAGGCCACAACAGGGACUCCUACAUCUCAUUCACAGAAGACACCGUGAUCAUCGAAUCGGACCCUUGGUCCUACGAUCCCCCACCGCAACCUCACAUCCACACCCAAAGCCACGCUGAAGAAGCCUUCGAAGACGAAAACCGAAAGUCCCAACUAGACAUUGGCGACACCCAAGGCCUCCACCACCACCUCAUGCCCUCCAUCAAUGAACUCCUCGAAGAAACAACCCUCAACAUGACCCGUUACCUCGCCUCCAAACCCAGAGAAUGCGCCAGUCCAACCAAUGAAAGCGAUCUCGGCGAGCCCGGAGAUCCCGUCUACGACGAUAACCAUCCCAUGAACCCCCACGAGGGCCUCUGGCAAUUCGAUAUCGGCAUAAACCCAGCCACCAAACCCCCCUCAAACGAACAGACCAUGACUCCACGAACCGAGAUCAAACUCCACCGCCGUCCAACCCGGAGAUCAACCUCUAGUCGCAAGCGUAGAGGUCCCCUGCGGAAACUCUACGGGUUGUUUCGCAGGAAGACAGGGAAGCAGGCCAAGUAG